UGUGCGUCACUUCCUUGUUUUUUUUACAUUCCUUGGUGUAGUAGUUGUUAGCUAAUGCUAGCUAGCUAUCAAAAAUGCCAGGGCGUUGUUCAGCUUUCAACUGUAGGAAUACAUUUAAAAAUGUUAAACAUAAAACAAACAAGGUUACAUUUCACAGCUUUCCAAAGCGUGAUCCUAAACGAAUAAAAGAGUGGGUGGGUCAGAUGAAAUGGAAAGACUGGCAGCCAACCCCCCAUUCCCUACUGUGCUCCGAGCAUUUCGAGGAGAGGUGCAUGGAUAGAACUGGGCAGACAGUGCGUUUACGUGAUGAUGCCAUACCAACUAUCUUUACCUUUCCUAGUCACCUACAAAAAAAGGUAUUUUGUCAAAUGAGGCAGUUUCAGAAAACAGCUGGAAGGAGGAAAAGAGUAACCUUGUUUCCAGAGGAUCCUGUUCCUGAGGAGUCGACACAACGGGAGAAGUCUCCACCAAGUUACUUAAACCACAGUAUAUGGCACCCAAGUCGUUUCCAUGACGACUACUGUGUUCCACAGAGUAUUGACUGGGCUGUAAAAGACAUGCCUAAAGGAAUCCCAUCUGCAACUUUAGAAAAGCAAGGUCUGAUCUUUAUCCCCAAGCACGCAAUCAAGAUCAAGGAGAAAUGGCAAUGGCUGACAAUGGAUGUGAAGGGACCAUUUCCAGAGACCAGAAGUAGACACAAGUUUGUACUAACUGUAAUGGACUACUACUCAAAAUGGAUGGAAGCCUACCCCAUGAAAACCAACAACAGUAAAGAGAUUGCCAAAAUAAUUUCUGACCUCAUCUCUCGCUUUGGCUUCCCUGUUGGAAUCCUGUCUUGUUUGACUCGAGCACACAUUUUAGAGAUCAACUCGGCUUUGGGUGAUCUGAAGAAACUGACAGGCCAACUCAUAUUCUACCGCCCUCUGGGAGUGUCACUGGAUCCAGUAACAAAGUCCCUCAUAGACCGGUUGGUGUCAGAUCUGGUGAAAGACCAUCCUGAUCGCUGGGAUGUUUACCUGGCUGCCAGUGUGUUCAGCUUCUGCUGCAAGGAGCACCCCACCACUAGACAAAUACCCCUCUCUCUGCUGCGCUGCGGAGGGACUCAGUCCGUCUCCACCUCACCAAGAAAGCUGCCUGACAAUGGGAUAAAAGGAAGGACCUUUGUCAUACUAGAGGCCCAACCACCUCAAAGGGAAGUCCGCGUGGAGUGCAGUCAGUGCAGUCAGUGGAGCACGGUCAGCCAGGACUCCGAGCUGAAGAGAUAUGAGGACAUGAAACUUGGGGAUGAGGACUACACCCACACCUGUGUGAGCUGCAGGGUGGCCAUGAGCUGCAGGGUGGCCCUGGAGGUCAUGAGGGGUUAGCAGACAAGGAGGUUUUCAAACAAGGGCAGUGGAAUGAAAACAUGGAUAUAUAUAAUAAGGACGUUGGAAGCGCAAAGUAGUAGUGAAGGUAGACAAGGAUGGAGUGAAGAAAAAAAAGGGGGGGGGGAAUUAGUUCACAUAAUGUAUAUAUUUGUAAAAGUCAGGGUUGGGGUCAAUUCAGGAAAUACACUGAAAUUCCAAUUCCAAUACUCUUCACUGCUUUUCAAUGAGGAAGAUUUGGAAUUUGGUUUACUUACAAAUUGACUUGAAUUGAAAUGGAAUUGACCAUUGUUCCCAGCCUGAAGUUGCUCAGUUGAUCCUUUGUCAUAAAAAAAAAUACUGUAUGAAUAAAUGUUUUACGUUUUUAAAGUAAAAUAAAAACAGAUUGUUGUACGCA